UUUCUUGCGGCUGCUGGCGGAAUGUUCCCCUCAUACGCAGUCUGACCGCAGAAUUACCCAGCGAAAGCAUGGCAACAAAGCAUCUUUUUACUGUGCUUCUGUUUACCACCUCCUUAAGCAUCUUGGAAUGUAGAUUAAUGAUGGCGAAAUCAGCUCUGUCUGGUAUGAAGAGCGUGUCACGCGUAGGCAUGCGACAUCCCUUUUAUACACAAGACUGUAAAGAAGGCAGCAUCGCAAAAUUCCUGUGCACGAACGAGCCCAUAUGGCUAUAUAAUAGCACCGGAAGUCCCGGCCGUGAAUGUGAAGUGGAUGAAACGAUGAAUAUAAGCCAAACUGCCAUUCUCCUGCUGCGGUCACAUUACGAAAACGGAAUGAAAAAAUCCAUCUACCUAAACGGAACAUUUGACCAACGCGAUGCGAAGCGCAUGUUUCUUCAUAUUCCAGGUGGCCAAAAAGGAAUGCGUGACCACCUGACUGAAGACAUGCUGUAUCUCAGCCAGAAGUUGAGAUGUGCGGUGCUUAAGAUUACACUUCAAAGCAACCCAGCUAUUUAUGACCUCCUAGUUCGAAAUUCCUCCAUCGCGCGGGGCCCUAGCCGUGGCUGUAUGAGGAAAUUUGCAAACCUCACAAGUACAUCAUUGCGUAUGUACGAACCAAGUUGUCAGGCCAUACUGCUCAAAAAUGCGGAACCAGAAAUCACCAUUGGAAGAAAACCUAACCAGGAAAAUACGCACCUUCGUUAGGUGAUUGUUGCCGCUUUGUCGAUACGCGUACGAUAGCGUUCUUGGAGGCUGUUGGAAAGUAUUGUACGCAUUCAGCACAUAUUUUCAAUUUCAAGGCAUCCAGCAAGACAUGAAUACCCCGAUGUGUCUCUAGUACUAUAUUCUUUUUUCUUCUCUCACUAUAUAAAAAAUCUUGUGAUGAUAUUUUACCAGCCAAAUAAAAUUGGACCUCCAAAACCACAUGUUCAA